GCCUGGGAUAGGGGGCGGGGAGCAGACCCGGCGGCGGCUCCUCCUCCUGGGCGGUGCGGAUCGGUACCCUCAGUCUUCUCUGCGGGGGGAGUCAUGCCUCUUGCUUUAGCAAAGGUGGAGUCAACGCUGCUUACGGAGGAGGUUGCACCAAAGUGCUGUGAUUUAUGAAGGCCGCCGUGGUGAAUGCUGACGCAGAUCCCCCCCGCCCAUUCACUUCCCCAAUUUGGAUGGCUUCCUGGUUCCUUGAAAUAACAUUUUCAGGAGUAACGUUGAUUUGGCAACAGCAGAACAACUAGCACAACGCUGGCUUGGGUGGCAUUUGCCUUGCCGGUGUGGGGUGUCCAGGCCGUCGGGGAUGAGAUUUUGGUUGCACAGAGACUGAGGCAAGGAAGCACCUCUGCGGAGUUCCUUGUUACAUCUCAGUCUGUUUGGUGGAUGGGGUCAGACUCCUGGCACUGAGGCCAGGUGUGACCCUCCCUGGCCCUUGCCACGGCCAUUAUGGCAACUUCUGAGGAUGCCUCCCACGCCAGCCCGGGGGAACUUACCGAGAGCCCGAGUGAUGAAGCUUCCCCGCAGAAUGACUCCUUCCCCCUCUCCUCACUGGCCAACCUGUUUGAGAACGAGGAUGGGACCUCCUCGGCCGAGGGUCCGCGGGGCCCGCCGGGGGCAGCGGACGGCAAGCAGAACCUUCGGAUGAAAUUCCAUGGGGCUUUUCGCAAGGGUGUCCCAAACCCAAUGGACCUGCUGGAAUCCACCAUCUAUGAGUCUUCGGUCGUGCCGGGGCCCAAGAAAGCCCCCAUGGACUCGCUCUUCGACUAUGGCACUUACCACCAUCACCCGAGCGACAACAAACGGAGGCGCAAGAAGGUCCUGGAGAAGAAACCCCCCAGCAUGAAAGGGCCUGCCCCCAACCCACCGCCCAUCCUCAAGGUGUUCAACCGACCCAUCCUCUUUGACAUUGUCUCCCGUGGCUCCACAGCUGACCUGGACGGGCUCCUCCCCUUCCUCCUCACCCACAAGAAGCGCCUGACCGAUGAGGAGUUCCGAGAGCCCUCGACUGGCAAAACCUGCCUCCCCAAGGCGCUGCUGAACCUGAACAGUGGCAAGAAUGACACAAUCCCGCUCCUCUUGGACGUUGCAGAGAAAACAGGCAACAUGCGAGAGUUCAUCAACUCGCCCUUCCGGGACGUCUACUACCGAGGCCAGACUGCGCUGCAUAUUGCGAUUGAACGCCGCUGCAAGCACUAUGUGGAGCUGCUGGUGGAGAAGGAGGCCGACGUCCAUGCACAAGCCCGGGGCCGCUUCUUCCAACCCAAGGAUGAGGGGGGCUACUUCUACUUUGGUGAGCUGCCCCUGUCUCUGGCUGCCUGCACCAACCAGCCCCACAUCGUCCAUUACCUGACGGAAAACGCCCACAAGCAGGCUGACCUGCGGCGGCAGGACUCUCGUGGCAACACGGUGCUCCAUGCCCUGGUGGCCAUCGCAGACAACACCCGCGAAAACACCAAGUUUGUCACCAAGAUGUACGACCUCCUCCUCAUCAAGUGCGCCAAGCUCUUCCCCGACACCAACCUGGAGGCCUUGCUGAACAACGACGGCCUGUCCCCGCUGAUGAUGGCUGCCAAGACGGGGAAGAUUGGGAUCUUCCAACACAUCAUCCGGCGAGAGAUCAAGGACGAAGACGCCCGCCACCUCUCCCGAAAAUUCAAGGACUGGGCCUACGGACCCGUCUACUCCUCUCUCUACGACCUCUCCUCGUUGGACACAUGCGGAGAGGAGGUGUCAGUGCUGGAGAUCCUGGUGUACAAUAGCAAAAUCGAGAACCGCCAUGAGAUGCUGGCUGUGGAGCCCAUCAAUGAGCUGCUGCGGUACAAGUGGCGCAAGUUCGGCGCCGUCUCCUUCUACAUCAGCGUUGUCUCCUACCUCUGUGCCAUGAUCAUCUUCACCCUGGUGGCCUACUACCGCCCCCUGGAGGGCAUUCCUCCGUACCCUUACACAACCACCACCGACUACCUGCGCCUAGCCGGGGAGAUGGUCACGCUGUUCACAGGAGUCCUCUUCUUCUUCACCAACAUCAAGGACCUGUUCAUGAAGAAGUGCCCAGGGGUCAAUUCCUUCUUCAUUGAUGGCUCCUUUCAGUUGCUCUACUUCAUCUAUUCGGUCCUGGUGCUGGUUGCAGCAGCUCUGUACCUGGCCGGCAUCGAAGCCUACUUGGCUGUCAUGGUCUUUGCGCUGGUGUUGGGCUGGAUGAACGCGCUCUACUUCACCAGAGGCCUCAAGCUGACGGGGACCUACAGUAUCAUGAUCCAGAAGAUCCUGUUCAAGGACCUUUUCCGCUUCCUGCUGGUCUACGUGCUUUUCAUGAUCGGCUACGCAUCAGCGUUGGUCUCUCUGCUGAAUCCUUGUCCCAGCACGGAGGCCUGCAAUGAGGACCGGUCCAACUGCACAGUGCCCGCCUACCCCUCUUGCCGGGACAGCAAGACCUUCAGCACUUUCCUCCUGGACCUCUUCAAGCUGACCAUUGGCAUGGGAGACCUGGAGAUGAUAGAGAAUGCCAAAUAUCCCGGGGUCUUUGUCAUCCUGCUGGUCACCUACAUUAUCCUCACCUUUGUGCUCUUGCUGAACAUGCUGAUCGCCCUCAUGGGGGAGACUGUCGGGCAGGUGUCCAAGGAAAGCAAGCAGAUCUGGAAGCUUCAGUGGGCUACCACCAUCUUGGACAUUGAGAGGUCCUUCCCAGUGUUUGUCAGGAAAGCCUUCCGCUCAGGAGAGAUGGUCACCGUUGGGAAAUCCUUGGACGGAACACCCGACCGGAGGUGGUGUUUCAGAGUGGACGAGGUGAACUGGUCUCACUGGAACCAGAACCUGGGCAUCAUCAAUGAAGACCCUGGCAAGAAUGACACUUACCAGUACUAUGGCUUCUCCCACACAGUGGGCCGGUUACGCAGAGAUCGGUGGACCACGGUGGUGCCACGGGUGGUGGAGCUGAACAAGAACGCGCAGCCGGAGGAGGUGGUGGUACCACUGGACAGCAUGCGCUUGCCCGAGGCUAAUGAGCGCAAGCCAAGCUACCCACAGAGCUGGAGAAAGGAAGACUCCCACAUCUAACUGAUGUGCAGAGGGGGCCAGUCUCUGAACUGUGACCAAAAAGCUCCCCCCUGACACUCCUGCCUACAGGCCUUGGGGUACAGUACAACCUGUGCUAACUGCAGAUGGCUCUUCUGCUUGGUCCUGCAACCCAACACAAGCGUCCUGCGUGUAAUCUGCAGAAUGUGGCCUUCCCACCUACUCAAGAAGAGCAUGCAGGGGACAAGCAUUUCCCAUGUGAUCAACUUGAAGUGGGCAAGAGAGGCACAUCUUUAUGGGUUUAAGCUUAAGGGCCAGAAACUUGCUUUUGAAAACAAAAACCAAGGUUCUCACAAUGCCAAAUUAAUUAUGAUCCAAUGGACAGGAGCCACCCAGAUUGGGAACUGGAAACUUUGUCCUGCGUAGCCAGGUUACGAGGCUCUGUGAUGCUGAGGUUAAAGAUGGCUGGGCAACAGUGGUGACCGAGAGGUGCUGUUUUAAGUGGUAAAUGGCCAGUGUCUCUGGAGUAGCUCUUUGCGUACAAAUGUGCUCCCAAAUCUGGGUGAAUUUUUAUGGCGGCAAGCCAGGGACAAGUGGGCAUUAGACGUUCAUUCUGCCAAGGGCUGUUGCAUUUCUUAUUACACAUAGUUUUAUUUUGCACAGGGUUUUAUCUGAUUAUUUAUUUAGUAAUAAAAGCCAAA